CCUAGACGAAAGGGCAAACAAAAUAAUUGCGGGGAAUAAGAUAACAUUGAAGUCUUGGGAUUUCUUUACUUUCUCUCUUUAGAUGGAGAUUUUGAUAAAGUUUCUGUUUUUAGCAAUCUGGUUUUGUUACUCUGUUCUUGACUCUGUUUCUGCUAUGGAUAGUCUUUUAUCUCCAAAGGGUGUUAACUAUGAAGUGGCUGCUUUAAUGUCAGUGAAGAAUAAGAUGAAAGAUGAGAAAGAGGUCUUGUCUGGUUGGGAUAUAAACUCUGUUGAUCCUUGUACUUGGAACAUGGUUGGUUGCAGCUCCUCUGAAGGUUUUGUGGUUUCUCUAGAGAUGGCUAGUAAAGGGUUAUCAGGGAUAAUAUCAACUAGUAUUGGGGAAUUAACUCAUCUUCAUACAUUGUUACUGCAGAAUAAUCAGUUAACAGGUCCAAUUCCAUCUCAGUUAGGCCAACUUUCUGAGCUUGAGACACUUGAUCUAUCUGGAAACCAGUUUAGUGGAGAGAUCCCAGCUACGUUAGGGUUCUUAACUCACUUAAACUACUUGCGGCUUAGUAGGAAUCUUUUAUCCGGGCAAGUCCCUCACCUUGUCGCUGGCCUCUCAGGUCUUUCUUUCUUGGAUCUAUCGUUCAAUAAUCUUAGUGGACCAACUCCAAAUAUAUUAGCAAAAGAUUACAGGAUUGUAGGAAAUGCAUUCCUUUGUGGUCCAGCUUCCCAAGAGCUUUGCUCAGAUUCUACACCUGUGAGGAAUGCGACCGGUUUGCCGACAAAGGAUAUUAGAAAACAUCACAGCUUAGUGCUCUCAUUUGCAUUUGGCAUUGUUGUUGCCUUUAUCGUCUCUCUAAUGUUACUCUUCUUUUGGGUGCUUUGGCAUCGAUCACGUCUCUCAAGAUCAUACGUGCAGCAAGACUACGAAUUUGAAAUUGGGCAUCUGAAAAGGUUCAGUUUCCGCGAGAUACAAACUGCGACAAGCAAUUUUAGUCCAAAGAACAUUUUGGGACAAGGAGGAUUCGGGAUGGUUUAUAAAGGAUAUCUCCCAAAUGGAACUAUGGUGGCGGUUAAAAGAUUGAAAGAUCCUAAUUAUACAGGAGAAGUUCAGUUUCAAACUGAAGUAGAGAUGAUUGGCUUGGCUGUUCACCGUAACCUUUUACGACUCUUUGGAUUCUGUAUGACCCCGGAAGAGAGAAUGCUGGUGUAUCCGUACAUGCCAAAUGGAAGUGUAGCUGAUCGCCUGAGAGACAAUUAUGUAGAAAAACCAUCUCUGGAUUGGAAUCGGAGGAUAAGCAUUGCGCUUGGCGCAGCUCGAGGUCUUGUUUACUUGCAUGAGCAAUGCAAUCCAAAGAUUAUUCACAGAGACGUCAAAGCUGCAAACAUUCUACUUGAUGAGAGCUUUGAAGCAAUUGUUGGUGAUUUUGGUCUCGCAAAGCUUUUAGACCAGAGAGAUUCACAUGUCACAACUGCAGUCCGAGGAACCAUUGGACAUAUUGCUCCUGAGUACCUUUCCACUGGACAGUCCUCUGAGAAAACUGAUGUUUUCGGAUUCGGAGUACUAAUUCUUGAACUCAUAACAGGUCAUAAGAUGAUUGAUCAAGGCAAUGGUCAAGUUCGAAAAGGAAUGAUUUUGAGUUGGGUAAGGACAUUGAAAGCAGAGAAGAGAUUUGCAGAGAUGGUAGACAGAGAUUUGAAGGGAGAGUUUGAUGAUUUGGUGUUGGAGGAAGUAGUGGAAUUGGCUCUGCUUUGUACACAGCCACAUCCGACUUUAAGACCGAGGAUGUCUCAAGUGUUAAAGGUUCUAGAAGGUUUAGUAGAACAGUGUGAAGGAGGGUAUGAAGCUAGAGGUCCAAGUGUCUCUAGGAACUACAGUAAUGGUCAUGAUGAUCAUUCUUUUAUUAUUGAAGCCAUUGAGCUCUCCGGACCACGAUGAAACUUAAAAAAAUGUAUUAACUUGGUUUUG